ACCGCCAAGGGUCAGUAUGCAUAUACAAACCAUGCACUCGAACCAUCACCUCCAACGACACACCCUAACCGACAGCUCUCAAGAUUUCCUGAACCAGCAAUUGUUUUCUCAACUGCUUCACAAUGCCCGACCAAACGCCAAUCGUUCCGGCCAACACACAGCCUAAGCAGCAUCCCGAGACAGCAAGCACCGCGGCUUCACGCCCAACGGGUGCCGGGGUCAACACGGGUGCCGGCACGACAAGACCCAAGACAGAGGCCGAAAUUGAGGCCGACAGGCGCUACGAGGAGGCCAUGGAGGACGAGUAUGCCAAGCGGGAGGGCGGUGCGUGAGGCCGGAUGGCCUGGGUCUCUCUAACAUGACGAUGGGUUUUCAUGUCAUUGUACAUUGACGAUUGACGAUGCUUAUGUCGGGGAAGAGCGUAUUAUGAAUUUCAACUCAUGUUGAUGUUCAUAUUUUGGAUGGCGUGUGGAGGAGAAGAUACAUCAAGUGUGGAAACGAAGCAUCACGUCCAUUAGCACUAUCCAAAUAAAAUUUACACACUCCGGCUCCGCAAA